UGUUGAAUUUUCAACUGGUAACAAACGGAUGGUGGGUUGUUUUCUUAUUACGGCGUAUUGUUUUCCGGAGAAGCUAGCGCAGUCUAAUUGAUUGGCCUAACUCCUAGCUGUAUCUACAAACAUAGUAUAUUUCCUUUGCCGGACACAUUGCAGUGCGAAACAAAGCCAGGAUAUGACGGAAAAGGCGGAUUUCAAGAUACCCAACGUAGAUCCGAAGGUUUUAACCAAGCUGCGGAAGUCUGGUCUACCAGCGUCUGUUUCAAAGGCGGACAUCGCUGUACCGACAGGAACGGAACCAAACAUCGCCGAGCAGUUUGAGCAGAAUAAUGUCGAGAUUCCUCCGAUACCUUAUAAGGAACCGUCCUGGUCCCGUAAAUGUGACCCAUCUCAGGAAUACAGCUUCGAGGUGGAGAAAAACGGAGUCAUUGUUGACAAGAUAAAACAACUGCAAAGCAAACCGUUCUGGUUGUUUGGUCGUUUGCCCAACUGCGAUAUCAAUAUGGCACAUCCGACGAUCUCACGCUAUCACGCUAUAUUCCAGUACCGUGCACCACCUGCACAGGAACAGGAUGAAGAGGCUUCGACCCAUCGUGCACAUGCAACCAACGAACCGGGAUGGUAUCUGUACGAUCUUAACAGUACGCACGGUACGUUUUUAAACAAACAACAGAUACCGCCUCGCACGUACGUUCUUGUCCGCGUCGGCUACAUGAUAAAGCUGGGUUCGAGCUCGCGGACUUACAUCUUUCAAGGACCCUCCGACGAUGGCGAGCUCGGUCUAACAAUCACGGAAAUGCGCGAACACAUUAAGAAGCGAAAGGAAAUGUGCAAAGAGAUAAACGAGAUCACCCGAAAGGAGCAGGAACGCAUUGAAAAGUUGCAACAGGAACAGCAGGGGAUUACAUGGGGUAUGGCGGAAGAUGCGGACGAAGAGACGGACCUUACCGAGAAUCCGUACGCUACAUCCAACAACGAGGAACUGUUUCUAGACGAUCCGAAGAAAACUUUGCGCGGAUACUUCGAGCGCGAGGGCCACGAACUGGAGUACAAAGUCGAAGAACUGUCGUCGGGCACGUACUGUUGCAAAGUGGAGCUGCCGAUCGACGAUGCCGACGGGCGUCCCAUCGUAGCCGAAGCGACAAAUAAAGGCAAGAAAAAGGAGGUGGUCGUGCAGUGUGCAUUGGAAGCCUGUCGUAUACUAGAUCGGCAGGGAUUGCUGCGUCAAGCUAACCAUGAGCCGCGACGACGAUUCCAAAAACAAUCGGAUUCGGACGAUGACGACGAUUUUCUUGACCGGACGGGCGCAGUCGAAAAACGACGGCAGCGUAAAGAAGCUGCCAAAAAUCCACAAACGCACACAUACGCUGAUUUGAUUCACAAAGAGGCACAAAUCCUCGAACGUUUGGAGACGAAUGAAUCGAAGAUACAAAACGCGCGGCUCAUCAAACAGGAAACGCAUCUGCCAGAGAAUGCCGAUGAUGUGGACAAAUUUUUGGAUAACCUGACUAAAGACAAAGUAAUAGACAAGUUCGAAGUUCGGCGUUUGCGCAUGGAGCAAGUGCAACUGAAUGAAGAGCUUGCCCAGGUGAAGAAACUCAUACAAAUAACCAAACCUGUCGAUAUCGAUAAGAUUGGAUUGGUCAAACAGGGAACGUCGGGUGACAAACGUCCAAUGUUGCCACUAUAUGGUAAGCGCAAUAAGCUUCGAAACACUUUUGGCAUCCGCGAAUCUAGCAUAAAAGCGGAGAAAGAUGAUGAUGCGGAUGCAGGGGAAUGUUCCACUUCCAUAACAAAGGAAACAAAAUCGAUUCAAAAGACAGCUCCGAAUAGUGAAGACAUUCCCUCCGGAAGCAAGUCCGUUUCGCGGGGAGAAGUGCCAGGUGGACCGAGCAACUAUAGAAAUGAACGGAAACGGUCAUCUUUGGUAGCGCAAGCUGACGAUCCAAGUAAACCAGAUCCUAUAACCGACAGCACUUCUGCCGGCGAGAGCAGUAGUAGCAAUAAGAAGAAACGACCGAGACAACGGAUCCGAGAUGGUAAAUUUCGCGAAAACGUCGAUUUUGACGAUGCUGUCGAACUAGCGAGUGAUGAUAAAAAUGUCGAGUGGGUGCCACCGUCGGGCCAGACUGGUGAUGGCCGAACUUCGCUGAAUGAAAAGUUUGGAUACUAGUAUGAAUGUUUCCAUACUAAAGGAUAAUUCGUUUAAAUGCGUAUGCGUAUUAGUUGCUUAUGUGCUCAAGUGACAGUCAAUAAAAAAGUACAAUGAAUUUCAGCAGCACAAAGUAA